UUUUCUGUUUGGCAAACUCUUUUUUAAUAGCUAAUGGUAGUAGCUUGUAGGCAUGUAGACUUAGGUUUCCUUACUCCUUUAGCAGAGGAUGAAAACAUUUCUUCUUGCCCCUUUUUGUCAAAAGUUGGAGGAAAACCGGUUUGGUUGGAUAAGCUAAACAUACCUUCCACAGAUAGGUUGAAAUGUAAAUACUGUGAAGAACCUACUUCUUUUUUAUUGCAGAUUUAUACGCCGAUGGACUCUGAUAAUUGCUAUCAUCGAGCGGUCUAUAUAUUUUGCUGCCAAAGUUAUGGUUGUCAUCUAGCUGGAUUGGGCUGUUUUCAAGUUUUUCGAAAUCAGUUAAGCAAAGAGAACGUUUUUUAUUCUUCUGACGGGAAUGUGAACGUUUCGGCCAAAACUUGCCCGUUAUGCUUCGUUUGCGGUUGUCGUGGCAAUUAUCUAUGCGGUCGCUGCAGGGCCACGCGAUACUGCUGCCGUGCUCAUCAGCUCUAUGACUGGAAAAUUAAUAAACACCGAAUCACCUGUCUGAAGGAUGUCUUUCCAUUAACGGAUUCUCAAGAAAAUACUUUCCUCUGGCCCGAAUAUACUAUGGAUAUCGGCUCGGAAGAGGUUCUUUCUAGUGAAAACGAGUUAACUUCCGAUUCUGAAGAAGAAUACAGCCCUUCCGAUAAGCCUCCUUUUGAUGAACGCAAUUUCGAAAAGGAUAAGUUUUUUCUGCAUUUUCAAGAAGCUAUGCAAAAAAAUCCAGAACAAGUCCUACGGUACGUGAGAGACUGCCCUGAGGGGGUGUUGUGGAUCAGCGAUGAGGAUAUUCCGGACAGCAAAAUCCCCGAUUGUCCUUUGUGUAACGGAAAACGCAUUCUUGAGUUUCAAGUCCUCCCUCAGCUUUUAAAUUACCUCGGCGGAACGGAAAUUGAUUGGGGAAUUUUGGCAGUCUACACAUGCUCGGUCAGCUGCGCCACUAGCAACUUUUACGCCCUCGAGUGCAUUAGAAGGCAGUUUGUUAGCUCACGUCCGGCCGUGGAGCUUCUCGUUUAAAUUAUUAUAAAUCAAA